AUGAAAAUUUAUUUCAAGGUUUUUCCUAAAAAAUUUCAGGGAUCUUUGAAAGUUCAAGUUUCAACAUCGUGCCAGUGGAUAUCUGGGCGUGAGCGGGAAAUUAAAAUUAUGAAUUGUGGCCUGUGAGCUUGACAUUUUUCAUUUGCGUUGUGUUGGUAGUUUCCCCCAUUUAGAACUCGAGAAAUCAAGUCUUUGAUUGAAAUUCCCCCUUCUUUAUUUUAUAAUAAACAGAAUGAAGGUUUUCUAAAGUAUAUAAUAGCGAUUAAUGUAUUAAAGCACUAAAAUGGCAACCACACAAGUCGCACAAGGAAAUGUCGUUUCUUCGUCCACCACUCCUAAACAAUUCUCACUUGUACCUAAAAUCGUCAACGGAGGAAUCGCAGGUGUAAUCGGUGUAUCAGUCGUCUUUCCUCUCGAUUUAGUAAAAACCCGAUUGCAGAGUCAGCAAAUUGGACCAAAUGGGGAACGUAUGUACAAUUCAAUGUUGGACUGUUUUCGAAAAACAUACAGAGCUGAGGGUUAUUUUGGGAUGUACAAAGGCUCUGCUGUAAAUAUUCUGUUGAUUACUCCUGAAAAGGCGAUUAAGUUGGCUGCAAAUGAUUUUUUUAGAUAUCACUUAACUACUGAACCAGGGAAACCUCUACCAUUAAUCAGGGAAAUGAUCGCCGGGGCUAGUGCAGGUUUCUGUCAAAUUGUCAUCACAACACCCAUGGAGUUAUUAAAAAUACAAAUGCAAGACGCUGGUCGUGUUGCUGCGCAAGCUAAACUAGAAGGAAAAACUGUACCUAAAAUAUCGGCCACAUCACUAACAUUAGAUUUGAUUCGUACCAAAGGCAUAUUAGGUUUGUAUAAAGGCGCUGCUGCUACCAUGUUCAGAGAUGUAUCAUUUUCAAUCAUAUAUUUCCCACUGUUUGCCCGGUUAAAUUCUCUCGGUCCAAGGAAAAGUGAUGGCUCGGGUGAAGCUGUGUUAUGGUGUUCUUUUUUGUCGGGAUGUACUUCGGGAUCUCUUGCGGCGCUUUUGGUUAAUCCGAUUGAUGUUGUAAAAACUCGUUUACAAGCUAUUAAGAAAGCAGAAGGAGAAGCUAGUUAUAACGGCGUUGCUGAUGCAUUUACCAAAAUUUUGAAAAAUGAAGGAGUUACUGCGUUUUUCAAAGGCGGAGCAUGUCGUAUGAUCGUAAUCGCACCUCUUUUCGGUAUCGCUCAAAUGGUCUAUUUCCUCGGUGUAGCCGAAAAACUUCUCGGUUAUAACAAAUAGCCCGUCACCUGAUGCAUUUUGAUGAUUUUUUUCCAGUGGAAUUUUCACGUUACCAAAAACUUUUUAAUUUUGGUUCAAUAUUGUUUAUUUAUUGAUCAAAUUAUUUAAUAAAACCCAGUUGUUUUUGAAA